CGGUUGCUGAUUCCGAAAUCAGUCUAGCAGGACUUCAACGCGCGGCGGAGUCUCCGCGCCACUUCCGCCGUUCUGCCGGAGGUCAACCCGAGAACGCACCGCCUGAAGAAGGCCACGCCGCCACAGCCUGCCGGCGCGGCACCAGUUUUCCCAAUCUUCGAUGCCAUGGCUCCCAGCCCCUCCCUGGCUCCGGCACCCGCCCCCGGCCCCGACGGACCCCACCACCACUUCAACGGGGAGAGCCAGGUCAAGGAUUUCAUCCAGACCCUCCUGCAUUACGGUGAUUACAACGAAUUGGCCGAUAUCCUGGUGAAUCUGACCUCACUGGCCACUGAGACGGGGAGGCUGGUUUCCGAGGGCUAUGUGUUGACGGUUUUGGCGCCGAACGACGAGGCGAUGGCGAAGCUGACUACGGACCAGCUGAGCGAGCCGGGGGCGCCUGAGCAGAUAAUGUAUUAUCAUCUGAUUCCGGAAUACCAAACGGAGGAGAGCAUGUAUAAUUCGGUGCGGAGAUUCGGGAAGGUCAAUUACGAUACAUUGAAAUUACCGCACAAGGUGGUGGCGGAGGAGGCCGACGGCUCCGUCAAAUUCGGGCAGGGUGAAGGAUUCGCUUAUCUAUUCGACCCCGACAUUUACACCGACGGCAGGAUUUCCGUUCAGGGAGUCGACGGGGUCCUGUUUCCGGACGGAGGAAAUCACCGCUCCGCCCAAAUUAAAAAAAAUAAAAAUAAGACGGACGACCUUUAUCAGCUGACGACCUGCUUGGAGGUCGAGAGGCGAUUGGUAGAGCUUCGCCAAACACAGGAAGAGGUUACGCCCUCAGAUGUAGAUCGCAUCUUCCGAGAGGUCGUCACUCCUAAUCCGUGGGGGCGCAUCAUGGGAUUAGGCAUGAUGAUGUCCAAGGCGAUUACUGAGAGCGGCGAGUCGUCGAGCACGCACUCCACUAGCACCUCCCAGUUUCCUUUCCUUGUUGCCUCGAGAGAUGAGCUGAUUAUGAGGGAGGAGCUGAGCUCCACACAAAGGGAGCUAGAGGCCAGGAGAGCGAACGAGGAGGCUCAGAGCAAGGCUAUACAGGAGAUGCAAGCCCAGAUCGCGCUCCUCAUGCGAGGAUAUCGAGCACAGUCCCCCUCCGACGCCUCUAAUGGACCAACCCGGACUUGUGCUCAUAUAUACUCUCGUUUGUUGUAG